AUGCCCCGUCGCGCAGUAUCACCGACGCCGUCCGACGGCGAAGUAGACAUCGCCGACGCCCUCUUCAAUAAUGCCGACGACAGCGGAAGCGAAGGCGGACAGGAUGCGGGUUUCGACUUUGACGGGAUUCUGAACGGAGGGGGCGAGGACGAGGGCGAGGAGGAUGGUGACGCCGCCUUCAUUGCGCUGCAGCAGGCAGCUUCGUUCCGAAAGAGUUCCAACCUGAAGGGAAAGUCUGUGAAGAAGGGCGGUGGUUUCCAAGCCAUGGGUCUUAACGCCAACCUCCUCCGCGCGAUCACGAAGAAGGGUUUCUCUGUCCCCACACCGAUUCAGCGAAAGACGAUCCCCAUCAUCCUCGAUCGCAAAGAUGUCGUCGGUAUGGCGCGAACGGGUUCCGGAAAGACGGCCGCCUUCGUUAUCCCCAUGAUCGAGCGCCUGCGCGCCCACAGCGCAAAGAUCGGCACCCGCGCGCUGAUUCUGUCGCCAUCCCGUGAACUGGCGCUGCAGACGUUGAAGGUUGUCAAGGAGUUCAGCAAGGGCACCGAUCUGAAGUGUGUGCUGCUUGUUGGUGGUGACAGCAUGGAGGAGCAGUUCGGCUUCAUGUCCUCGAACCCGGAUAUUGUCAUCGCGACCCCUGGUCGUUUCCUGCAUUUGAAGGUCGAGAUGGGCCUGGACUUGUCUUCGAUCAAGUACGUGGUGUUUGACGAGGCCGAUCGUCUGUUCGAAAUGGGUUUCGCUGCCCAGCUCACCGAGAUUCUGCACGCCCUCCCGCCAUCAAGACAAAGUCUGCUGUUCUCGGCCACGCUGCCAGCUUCUUUGGUGGAAUUCGCCAGGGCCGGCCUGCAGGACCCGAGUCUAGUAAGAUUGGACGCCGAGACCAAGGUUUCCCCGGAUCUCGAGAGCGCAUUCUUCUCCGUCAAGGGUGCCGAGAAGGAGGCGGCGUUGUUGCACAUCUUGCACGACAUCAUCAAGAUGCCGAUGGGGACGCCCGACGGAGUUCCCUUGGAUAUUGCACCAUCGAAGAAGCGGAAGCGCGGCGAGGGUGACGGAAGGGGAAAGCCAACAGAGCACUCCACCAUUAUCUUCGCUGCCACCAAGCACCACGUCGAGUAUCUGGCGCAAAUGCUUAUCAAGGCCGGCUUUGCGGUCUCAUACGUCUACGGUUCCUUAGAUCAGGAGGCGCGUAGGAUUAACACCGAAAACUUCCGUCAGGGUCGCGCAAACAUCCUGGUAGUCACCGAUGUCGCUGCCAGAGGUAUCGAUAUCCCUGUCUUGGCAAAUGUCAUCAACUACGACUUCCCCCCUCAGCCCAAGGUCUUCGUUCACCGUGUCGGUCGUACGGCCCGUGCCGGUCAAAGAGGUUGGGCCUACAGCAUUGUGCGCGAACUCGAUACCCCCUACCUGUUGGAUCUGCAGCUAUUCCUCGGUCGCAAGCUUGUCAUAGGUCACGAAAGCGAGAAACCAUCAUUCGCCGAGGAUGUCGUCGUCGGUGGACUUUCACGGGACAGAAUUGAGAUGAACAUGGAGUGGAUGAACAAGAUCUUGAAGGAGGAGUCCGACAUCGAAGCUCUCCGCAGUGUCUCCGUCAAAGCCGAGAAGCUCUACCUCAAGACCCGACACUCGGCUUCCUACGAGAGCGCAAAGCGCGCUCGCGAGAUUGUUGGUUCCAAGGGCUGGAACCAGCUGCAUCCCCUAUUCGGCGCCGCCGCCAACAACGCCCAACAGGCUCGCAACGAUAUGAUGGCCAAGAUCAGUGGCUUCAGACCAGCCGAGACCAUCUUCGAGAUUGGACGAGGAGGAAAGGGCUCCAAUAGCGAGGCAGUGGAAGUCAUGAAGCAGCUGCGCAAACGCAUCACCCCGCACCGUGGCAACAAGAAGGAAGACAAAGACUCGGACGCGGAGAUGGGCGACUUCGGCGACGACAACCAGGAGGAAGACGAAAACUCGGGCAAGGAAGCAGACUAUACCGAAGCCAUGGAGGCCUACAACUCUGACGACUCAGACGACAACGACGGCCUCGAGGUCACAAUCUCUAACGCGGACGAGGGCAAAGGCAAGAAGAAAAAGAACAAGCGGCCCGACUCCUGGCGCGACUCGGACGUCUACAUGUCCUACACGCCGCGCACCAUCAACGCGGCCGAGGAGCGCGGCUACGGCGUCACGACGGGCGCGCAGACAUCGAGCUUCGUGGAGGCCGCGCGCGACGCGACGAUGGACCUGACCAACGACGAGACGGCCAAGGGCUUCGGCGAGCCGACCAAGACGCGCGGCAUGCGCUGGGACAAGAAGCAGAACAAGUACGUCGCGCGCGCCAACGACGAGGACGGCUCCAAGGGCUCCAAGUUCAUCCGCGGCGAGUCGGGUGUCAAGAUCGCGGCGACCUUCCAGAGCGGCCGCUUCGACAAGUGGCGCAAGGCCAACAGGCUGGGCCGCAUGCAGGUCGGCGGGCUGGAGAGGCCGAACAUGCCCGGCGCGGUGGACCAGUCCGGGCCGAGGUACAAGCACAAGCUGGAGAAGGCGCCGAAGCAGGCGGACAAGUACCGCGACGACUACCAGGUGCGGAAGAAGAGGGUCGCGGAGGCGAAGGAGAAGAGGAUUGGCAAGUUCAAGGACGGCGCGGGCAGCAGAAAGGAGAUCAAGGGGGCGGAGGAUAUUCGCAAGGCGAGGGUGGAGAAGCAGAAGAAGAUGGAGAAGAAUGCCAGACCUUCGAAGAAGAGGUAG